UUGACGUCGAUUCGAUUGUGUCGAUCAGUUUGGUCCGUGAUUUGUUGGUUUUACUUUUCCCUUAAAUUUUAUUAAAUCAGUGUAAUUAGAUGAUAAAAAUAAUAAUAGCAAAUAUUUACCUAUGAUGAAUAUUGGAUGAAUACACUUCAUCAUCAUUAUGGCGUUCUUGGAGUGGCGAAAGUUCACUUUUUUCGAUGUUCAUAACAACGUCGAUAACGGCAAAGUUGCAGAAUGUCUUCAAGAUACCCAUGUGACUGUGUCGACAAGUGGGAAUGGGCAUGUCAUAUUUGGUGAUGUGACAGGCUGGGCUCACCUCAUCACCCGCUGUUGGGAAAUCACCUCAUUCAAGGCUUACGAGCUGACAAUAUCAUUAGCCCAGCAGCUCCCACAUGAUCCAUUCUUGGUUACAAUUGGAGAUGAUGAAGCUGGUGUAAACCCAAUGAUCAAGGUAUGGGACUGGUCCCGGAUGGACCGGCAUGGCAACCCCAAGUGUGUGCGGGUGUGUCGUGCAGUGCCCUCUCACAUGCACCCCACACCAGCCACAGCUUUGGCUGUGCAUGAGAAUAAGAACCUAAUAGCAGUAGGGUUCCAAGAUGGCUCGGUGUCACUGUUCCGUGGGAACAUAGCGCGGCAACGCAGUGGUGAAAUGAAGACCUUAUCUGACACGGGAACCAGUCAGAUCACCGGACUUGCCUUUAUGGGUGCGAACAAGCUGUUCAUAGUGUCGCGCGCGCAGGUGUCGCUGCAGCAGCUGGACGCGGAGCGCAGCGUGACGCUGGAGGCGCACGGCGCGCCGCCGCACUGCUGCGCGCGCGCGGACGCGCACGGCCUUACGGUCGCCAUCGACAAUGCAAUUUACUGUUACACAGCGGAAGGCAGAGGCCCGUGUUACGCACUGGAAGGCGAAAAAGUCCGCCUAGAUUGGUUCCGUUCCUACCUAGUUAUAACCAUCAACGAAUCAGCUCCAAAAACCACUGAUCCCUCUAGUUCCAAUGCGAAAUCCCACAGAAUAACCAUACUUGAUAUACAGAACAAAUUCAUAGUAUUCUCAAAAAGUUUCGAUCAAAUCGACGCGGUUUUGACUGAAUGGGGUUCGUUCUAUAUACUAACAAAGAAUAAAGAGAUGAUAUAUUUGGAGGAGAAGGACCUGCAAUCGAAGUUAUCUCUACUUUUUAAAAAGAAUUUGUAUGACGUCGCUAUAAGGAUAGCGAGCAGCCAGCAUUACGAUGUGGAGGGCUUCACGGAGAUCAAUAAGCAGUAUGGUGACCAUUUGUAUAGUAAGGGCGAUCUCAAGUGUGCCAUAGAGCAGUACAUCAAAACCAUCGGUCGACUGGAAACUUCGUACGUAAUCCGCAAAUACCUCGAAGCAAGGGACUUAGAACCAUUAGUGUUAUACCUAGAAGAGCUACAUAAGAAGGGAUAUGCUACUGAGGACCACACAACUUUGUUACUAACUUGCUAUGUGAAGAUCGACCAGCAUGACCAACAAGGAAAGCUGAAAGAGUUCAUCAAUUCUAAGGACCGGGCCAUCGAUUUCGAUGUGGAUGUCGCUAUCAAGGUGGUCCGUCAAGUGAGUGUGGACGACGCCCUAUCACUGGCCGCGAACAACAAACGCCACGACUGGUACCUCACCAUCAUGAUCGAAGACAAGAAGGACUACAGCCGGGCCCUGGACUAUAUGUUGGACUUGGACUUUGAGGACGCUGAAGCGUUUAUGAAGAAAUAUGGACAUACACUCAUACAGCAUGAGCCGGAGGAGAGCACGAAGUUUUUAAAAAUUCUGUGCACGGACUACAAGCCUCGAAGCAAGCCAUUGGUGGACGAGAGCACGCUGUCGGGGCCCGCCGGAGACAGAGACCGGGCGCUGCCCGACGACUUCAUACACAUGUUCCUCAGCAACUCCGAGCGCCUGGUGGACUUCCUCGAGCAUAUGGUCGCGUCUCACUACAAGUGCUCCAAACUGGUGUACAAUGCUUUGAUUGAGCACUAUAUUCAUGUAUGGGGCAAAGCCACAGAAAACGAGAAGCUAGAAUACGAACAGAAGGUGCUCAAAGUGCUUCGCGAUCCCGAAGCGAACUACGACAAGGACCAGACUCUCAUCAUAUGCCAGAUGCUGGGCUUCAAGGCCGGCAUUCUGUAUCUCUAUGAGGAGAAUAAACUUUGGCGCGGGCAAGUAGCGCUGCACCUGCGCGAAGGCGACGAGGGCGCGGAGGCGGCGCUGGGCGUGUGCCGGCGGCGCGGCCAGCUGUGCCCGCGGCUGUGGCUGGACGUGCUGUGGUGGCCGCCGCCCGCCUCCGCGCUGCCUGAACUACUCAAUGUUAUCGAUAAUGAAAAGCUGCUUUCCCCCAUCCUGGUCAUAGACUGCCUCGCAAGCACACCCGCCUACACCCUCGGUGACGUUAGAAAAUACCUGAUGAGCGUUCUCAAGAGCGAGAAUGACGUCAUCACGCGCGAACAAGAGCUCGCACACAAAUACAAGUCGGAGAGUGAGAAAAUGAAACAAGAGAUACACAUGCUGCAACACGAACCGAUCACAUUCCAGAGUUCGAGAUGUGCCGCGUGCAACAGGCCUUUAGAGUUGCCCACUGUACAUUUCUUCUGUCAGCAUUCUUAUCAUCAGCAUUGUUUCCAAAGUUUCUCGGAGUCAGAGAGCGAAUGCCCUGCGUGUGCGCCGUCGCGCGGCCGCGGGGAUCCACAGCCGCAGCCUGCUCGCGCUGAAGCCCUACACGCAAGAUUACACAAUGACCAUGACCCUUACGCAGUGGUGUCGGAGUACUACGGGCGCGGGUUAUUCAAUAAGCUGACAGUAGUGACGGGGGCGCUCCAGGAGCCCCCGGCCCCCGCCCCCGGCCCCGCCCCCGCCCCCGCCGUCACGGCCCCGCCCGUGCAGACUUACGGACCGGGGGCUGAGGCGAAAAUCAGACUGCAAGAAGGCCAGAGUAGACAAGUGUUUGUUUCGAACACGAGCAAGCAAGUGGCCCCGAAAGGGACAACAGUGGUGCCGAUCCCGGAGGGCCGCAUGCGCGUGCUGGAGCAGCAGCGCUACAGCUCCAGUCUCGAGGCGAACCUGAAUAGACUCGAGCCUAAAGUCCACGUGCCUCAGCGCUCGCCGUUAUUGCCUCAUCAAUCGCAGAACUCAAUUACGGUGGAAGAGGCAAUCAGCGCCAGCAGCUCACCAAAGAUCUCUUCAGCCAUCAACCUCGGUAAGAACCCCUUCGAAGACGAUUACGACGAGUCCAAGAAUCCCUUCGCAGAAGACGAUGACGUCAUCACGGACCCCACCAACCCCUUCGCUGAGGAAGCCGACGAUUAUGACAAGAAUUUGAACCCUUUCUCCUGAAGAUUAGAGGUGAUUUUUGAGUGUUAGUUUUGGCCAACCAAUGAACGCCCUAUUAUUAAACGUUUCAUAUGAUUGCGGUUGUAGGUAUUGAGUGAAUCUAAUUUAUCUUCAUCAUUUCAGAUAUAUUUUCUGCCGAUUGUCGUGUGUAAGAUUGUUCUUUUUUUAAAUUAUAACUGCAUUUCAGUCUGAAAUUAAUUGAGUUUUGUAUUGAAUAAAUUUUAUUAUUUUAAAAUGUUCGUGCACUCGUUUCUUUUGUGCACGGAUUCGGUCAUGCGGCCAUGCGGGGCGUUCAUUUUAUUGAUUAGAACCUGACUGAAAUUAGAAUCGAAUCGAACCGAACAUUUUAAGUUCACUUUUUGAACGCUUGUCUUGAUAAUGGAUAUUUAAAAUUGGUAAAGUAAGGUCACCUGUCCACUGCGUCCAUCUCACCGGAUCCGAUAAAAAAAUUAAACUGCCUAACUAAUAAAUUCAGAGAGCUUAGUGUGGGUUUGUAAUUCACCUCUCACUAUCGAGUCGAUUUGCAGUGUUAUGUGACGCACGCCAUUUCUCAUAUUUGUGAUUUAAAAUAUUUCUUGAAGUGUUAUUUUAUUAAGUCAACAAUGGUAAUAAUAUAGCGCCUUAUAUAUCAUCCAUAAACAAUAUAAUAUACCAAUAUGCCUUUUAGAAAUAAGUUAUGUUUCCAAAACUAAACGAAAAUAGUGAAGACAUUUUUCUUUCAGUUUUGCAAGCGCACUAAACGCUCGUCAUUGUUCAAUCCUAGUCAUUAUUUGGCACAUUCACCAUGUAGAUUACCUAUAUUAGAUUACAUUCCAAAAAUCUAAUAUAUUGGUUUAAACACCCACAACUCAUUUGAAAAUAUAAAAUUAUGCUGAUUGUGUGAAAUGUUUGAUGGAAUAAGCAUGUAGGCCCUACAUAACGUAUAUCUGCUUGUUACUGAAAUAUAUUUUAUAUUUUGUACUGUAUACGUGCUAUAGUAAAUUAAGCAAAAUAUUAUUUAAUAAAUUUUUAUUUAAUUCAA